GCGGCGCGGCCGAAAGGUGCGGGGCGCUGCUUGCGGGAGCGGCCUGGGUGGGCGCCACCGUCCGUCGUACCGCUCUCGCGUCCCGGGCCGCGGCUCUCGGGAUCUGGACUCUCCGCCUGAGGUCUCCCGCAGCCUGCACCCCAGCAUCUGUAGCCCGCGCCUCUCCGCGAGGUCUCCGCCCCGCGCCCGUGACCCCAUUGCGCCCUCCACAUCUGCUCCCAGCCCGACGUCCCGGGCUCGCCGGCGGACGCCGCGGGCAUGGACUAUUCGUAUGACGAGGACCUGGACGAGCUGUGUCCGGUGUGUGGUGACAAGGUGUCGGGCUACCACUACGGGCUGCUCACGUGCGAGAGCUGCAAGGGCUUCUUCAAGCGCACAGUCCAGAACAACAAGCAUUACACGUGCACCGAGAGUCAGAGCUGCAAAAUCGACAAGACGCAGCGUAAGCGCUGUCCCUUCUGCCGCUUCCAGAAGUGUCUGACGGUGGGCAUGCGCCUGGAAGCUGUGCGAGCCGAUCGAAUGAGGGGUGGUCGGAACAAGUUUGGGCCCAUGUACAAGAGAGACCGGGCCUUGAAGCAACAGAAGAAAGCACAGAUUCGGGCCAAUGGCUUCAAGCUGGAGACUGGACCCCCGAUGGGGGUGCCCCCGCCGCCCCCUCCCCCACCGGACUACAUGCUAACCCCUAGCCUGCAUGCACCCGAGCCCAAGGCCCUGGUCUCUGGCCCAUCUACUGGGCCACUGGGUGACUUUGGAGGCCCAGCUCUGCCCAUGGCUGUGCCUGGUACCCAUGGGCCUCUGGCUGGCUACCUCUAUCCUGCCUUCUCCAACCGCACCAUCAAGUCUGAGUACCCAGAGCCCUAUGCCAGCCCCCCUCAGCAGCCAGGGCCACCCUACAGCUAUCCAGAGCCCUUCUCAGGAGGGCCCAAUGUACCAGAGCUCAUACUGCAGCUGCUGCAGCUAGAGCCAGAGGAGGACCAGGUCCGGGCCCGCAUAGUGGGCUGCCUGCAGGAGCCAGCCAAGAGCCGCUCUGACCAGCCAGCGCCCUUCAGCCUCCUCUGCAGGAUGGCUGACCAGACCUUCAUCUCCAUUGUUGACUGGGCACGAAGGUGCAUGGUGUUCAAGGAACUGGAGGUGGCUGACCAGAUGACACUGCUGCAGAAUUGCUGGAGUGAGCUGUUGGUGUUGGACCACAUCUACCGCCAGGUCCAGUACGGCAAGGAGGACAGCAUCCUGCUGGUCACUGGGCAGGAGGUGGAGUUGAGCACAGUGGCAGUGCAGGCUGGCUCCCUGCUUCACAGUCUGGUGCUGCGGGCGCAGGAGUUGGUGCUGCAGCUGCAUGCACUACAGUUGGACCGCCAGGAGUUCGUCUGUCUCAAGUUCCUCAUCCUCUUCAGCCUCGAUGUGAAGUUUCUGAACAACCACAGCCUGGUGAAGGAUGCCCAGGAGAAAGCCAACGCUGCCCUGCUGGAUUACACCUUGUGUCACUACCCGCACUGUGGGGACAAAUUCCAGCAGUUGCUGUUGUGCCUGGUGGAGGUGAGGGCACUGAGCAUGCAGGCCAAGGAGUACCUGUACCACAAGCAUCUGGGCAAUGAGAUGCCCCGCAACAACCUUCUCAUUGAGAUGCUGCAGGCCAAGCAGACUUGAGCUUGGGCACGUGGCAGCAGGCAGCAGGUGGGGAUGCCUCUGCCUCCAAAUGACUCAUUGCAUUAGGUGAUCUGGGAGCCCUGUCCCUAGGCCCCUGCCCCUGAGCUCUGGAGCUGUGUGUUUUGGAUGGCAGACAAAGAUGAGCAGGGACUGCCUGGGGCAGGUUGCCUUCACCAGCCACUGGCAUGUGUCUGCCACUUGGAGUGCCCUGAGGAAGUGGCUUCUAACCACUCCUUCCUCCAUCUGCCCCCAGCUUCUUUUCUGGCAUCUGAGGUACAGGUCCUGGGAGGAGGUUUGGGAUUCCCUGGAUAUCCCUUGGGUCAGAGGUCAUCCUUUCCCUCUCUCCUGUAAUCGGAGGCAGGGGAAGGUCUACAGGCAUCAAUGAGGGCAGAGGAGUGGUCUUCAGACUCCCCUGAAGAAGGGAAGAAGUCCACUGUUGUAAACCGAGUCUGCUAAAUUGGGUAGGGCUUGUCCCUAAAGGACACUGGGAGACUGGGUAGGGCAAAAAGACCCCUCUCCAGCCCUCCACCUCCAAUCCAUUACCUGAAAAAAGAUUUUGUUGUAAUCAUCUUUGAGCCACCUAGGGAGGAGGAGUCUGGUGUAGUCAACAUUCCCACCCUGGCCCUGUCCACUACUAGCUAGCUGGGCUGGUACUUUUCUGCAAGGUUGUAGUCACCAGGAUUCUUUGCUUUUCCUUUUCCCUAGACAGUCCUUGGAAGGUGUGUGAGAGAGAAACAGUAGAUAGAUUGAGGACUGAGCUGGGAAAUGGGGAUUGCCACCAAAGUUUUUCCUCCUGAUAUCUCAUUCCAAGAGUCAGGGUGGCACUGGGUCAUGUUUAUGUACCCCCACCUCACUCCAGAGAAGAUCUGCCCCCUCCUUUUACUAGGGUAACAGCAGGAGGCCUGCAGAGACCUAGAGUCCCUGCAGGUGGGGAUACUGGGGAACCUAGAAGGACUCAGGGGUCUUCAGGUGGGGACAGUGCUGAGGAGUCACCCUUGUUCAUGGCUCCAUCCUUUCAGGUCCCUUGCCACAACUCUUGAAGCUGGCCUCAGUUCCUUGGCCUCUACUUUGCAUCCUGAAAGUCACUCUGUAGGGCCAGGCACUGUGGGGAGAGGCCUACGCUAUCCUCUGUCCAGACAGGGCAUCCAUUGUCCUUCUUGCUUUCAUGUCAGACUUACAGCUUAUGCUAAGCCUGCCUUCCACCAUCCUGCCUCAGACCCCCACCUCUGCCCCUGAAAUGUGUACCCCUGCCAAGGCCAAGACCUAUUGCCCCGAGACAAGAAGUGCCCUUACAAAACCCCUGCACCCCUGCAGCCCUGAAAUAAAUUUUGCAAUUAGUUUCCAGUAGCAUUUGUGAAUUUGCAUUCUGAAGCAAGGCGUAGUCCCUGGGGCAGGUUCUGGGCAGUGGUGAUGGUCU